GCCUCCUACCCUUAAAGACGGACCUGCCUCUGGCGGGCAGACUCCGGAGCCUGAGCCCGGAGCGGCGAAACGCGGACGCGGCUGCCUCGGGACCCCGGGACCCAGGACCCCCUAGGGCCUGGCCGGCCGCGAAGGACUAAGGCCGCGGCCCGCCUGGCUCCAUCGGCCCUGCUGUCUCUCGGGAUAGAAGAUGCACUCUAGGAGCCACCUGCCACCGUCCCUACUGCUAUUCCUGUCACUGGCCUUGGGACCCAGGGUGCAGGGUUGCCCAUCCGGCUGCCAGUGCAACCAGCCACAGACAGUCUUCUGCACUGCCCGUCAGGGGACCACGGUGCCCCGAGACGUGCCGCCUGAUACAGUGGGCCUGUACAUCUUUGAGAACGGCAUUACCACGCUUGACUCAGGCAGCUUUGCUGGCCUGCCUGGCCUGCAGCUCCUGGAUCUAUCACAGAACCAGAUCACUAGUCUUCCUGGCAGCAUCUUCCAGCCACUGGUCAACCUCAGCAACCUGGACUUGACUGCCAACAAGCUGCGUGAGAUCACCAAUGAGACCUUCCAUGGUCUGCGGUGCCUUGAGCGCCUCUACCUGGGUAAAAACCGCAUACGCCACAUCCAGCCUGGUGCCUUUGAUGCACUUGACCGCCUCCUGGAGCUCAAGCUGCAGGACAAUGAACUGCGGACGCUGCCCCCAUUACACCUACCCCGCCUUCUGCUGCUCGACCUCAGCCACAACAGCCUCUCAGCUCUGGAGCCCGGUAUCCUGGACACCGCCAAUAUGGAGGCACUGCGGCUGGCUGGCCUGGGGCUGCGGCAGCUAGAUGAGGGGCUCUUUGGCCGCCUGCGCAAUCUCCAUGACCUGGAUGUGUCUGACAACCAGCUGGAGCGCCUGCCACCUGUGAUCCAAGGCCUGCGGGGCCUGACACGCCUGCGGCUGGCUGGUAACACCCGCAUUGCUCAGCUGCGGCCCGAAGACCUGGUUGGCCUGGCCACCCUGCAGGAGCUGGACCUGAGCAACCUGAGCCUGCAGGCCCUGCCCAGUGACCUCUCAGCCCUCUUCCCCCGCCUGCGCCUCUUGGCAGCUGCCCGCAAUCCCUUCAACUGUGUGUGCCCCUUGAGCUGGUUCGGGCCUUGGGUGCGAGAGAGCCAUAUUACGCUGGCCAGUCCUGAGGAGACACGAUGCCACUUCCCACCAAAAAAUGCCGGUCGACUGCUCCUGGAGCUGGACUACGCUGACUUUGGCUGCCCAGCCACUACCACAGCUAUGGUGCCCACCAUGAGGCCCACAGCAGGGGAGCCCACACUCUCCCCUUCCAGUCCAGCUCUCACCUGGCUCAGCCCCACAGAACCAACCACUGAGGCCCCCAGCCUACCAUCCACUGCCCUGCCAACCAUGGGGUCUGCUCCCCGGCUCCAGGACUGUCCAGCAUCCACCUGCCUCAAUGGGGGCACCUGCCGCCUGGGGGUGAGGCAUCACCUGGAGUGCCUGUGCCCCGAGGGUGUCACGGGCCUGUACUGUGAGAGUCAAGUGGGGCAAGGGAUGGGGCCCAGCCCCACACCACCAGCCACACCAGUGCCCCCACGGCCCCUGCCUCUGGGCAUUGAGCCCGUGAGCCCCACCUCUCUUCGUGUGGGGCUGCAGCGCUACCUGCAGGGCAGCACUGUGCAGCUCAGGAGCCUCCGCCUCACCUACCGAAACCUGUCAGGUCCUGACAAACGGCUGGUGACCCUGCGGCUGCCUGCCUCACUCACAGAGUACACAGUCACCCAGCUGCGGCCAAAUGCCACCUACUCCAUCUGCGUCACACCCUUGGGGGUCGGACGAGUGCCUGAAGGUCAGGAGGCCUGUGGGGAGGCUCGCACACCCCCAGCUGUCCGCUCCAACCAUGCCCCAGUUACCCAGGCCCGUGAGGGCAACCUGCCACUCCUCAUUGCACCUGCCCUGGCAGCUGUGCUCCUGGCUGCAUUGGCUGCUGCAGGGGCAGCCUACUGUGUACGGCGAGGCCGAGCAGCAGCCACAGCUCAGGACAAAGGACAGGUGGGACCAGGGGCUGGGCCCCUGGAGCUAGAGGGAGUGAAGGCCCACUUAGAACCAGGCCCCAAGGCUACUGAGGGCAGUGGGGAGACCCUGCCAGGUGGACCUGAGUGUGAAGUGCCACUCAUGGGCUAUGUGGGGCCCAGCCUCCAAGGGGCUCUCCCUGCUAAGCACUACAUCUAAGCCAGGAGUAAUGGAAUAGCCAAGGGGCUGGGCUGUUAACCAGCACAGUUCUGCCACAAAGGAAGUUCUCAGUGUGUACCACCAGGACACAUGCAGGAUGGGCUGUGUGACUGCAGUCAGCCCCUACCCCUUUCUGGGUUUGGUUGCCUCAUAUGGGAGCUGCUACAGCCCAGGUGAUGAGCUCCUGUAGCCCCCAGCCUGAGCACGUACAGGAUGGUUUUCUUCAGAGUGCAAUCCCAGCACACAUGGGCCCUGCCGUGUGCUGGUAACGCGGCCAGGAUCCUGCUGGGCUCCCCUAGCCAGCCACGGAGACUGGAGGCCAGUGAAGGAAGCCCCCAGAAAGAGCAGUGGGUUAGGCCCUAUGGCUCUGACCUCAGCCCUAAGAAGCACAGAAAACUGGAAGGGAAGGUGCUCUGGGCAUGUGAGGAUUUGCUUCUGUUGUUUCAUUUUUUUAAAUAUAUUUAUAAGAGAUCCUUUCCCAUUUAUGCUGGGAAAAUGAUUUUCAAGCUCAGUGACAAAGUGGUUUUUGUAAGACAAAUGAUGAUAUGAAGGCCUUUUGUAAGAAAAUAAAGGAUAAAAUGGAAUGAGUCUCUUGGGCUCAGCCUGAGGUGCAUGGACUGGGUGCAAGGAGGGUAUGAAGAGCUGGAGCCCCUCUCCCCCAAAAGGCAUUAGGCCUGGGCUUGGCAGGGCUUCUGCUGAGGGCCUGUCCAGAAGGGCAAUCCUCCCAGGGGUCCUGACUCAGGGUGAGGGUAAGACCUGGGCAGGGAAGUAAGGGGGUCUAGUUAGGCAGCCUCACCCACUCUAAGCCCAGUCUUCUGCCAGCAGGAGCCGCAGGAGCCACAGUGCCUGUGGACAAGCUGGGAGAGGCUCAUGGCAGACAAGGGAGGUCAGAGCCUCCUUAGGUGGGCCUGACGUGCAACUCGCUACCUGCCUUCCUUUAAAGAGGGGUGUCUUGAACCCCCUGUCAUUACAGGGCAUCACGGCUGGUCCUGGGAUCAGGUGGCCUCCAGAAUCUUCUGCAGAGUCCUAUGCUAGCUAGGUGGUAUGUGUGGCCCCAGCUCCUCUUUGCUGUUCCACUGCCCCUGGCAUAGACUCAGCCUGGAAAUACCACUUGUCUCUGCCCCAGCUGUGAAGAAGGGCUGUGGGGGCAAUAACCCUGAUGAACAGGAAGGAGGGUAGAGGCAAAGCUAUCAGCAGCAGGCUGAGGGCUGAGUGUGGUUUGCAGAUGGUGUCAGGCUUGGUGGCCCUACAUUGUCCCUUUACCACCUGCAGUGGGGAUGUGCCCAGCUAUUCUAGGACCCCCAGAAGUGGGAGUGUUUUCCAAGAAGGCUGUAAGCUGUGUUGGGGAGGUAGCUAGGGAUGUGGAAAACAGUUGUGGCCUGGACUGGGAGUGGGGAGCUUCAGACAGUGACAGAUACA